CCAAGGUCCUGCUCACCUCGUUCCUUAGAAAUAACCGUGUUUUCUCAAUAUCGCCUGCAUUCUGCCAUGCGGUUCACAGAAUCUCCCAAUGCUCGCUCCAAAUCCAUAUCAACUGCUGAAUUCGACACCCAUGGCGUUCUCAACCGCCAUGCCACCAAGAAUUCCUCCUACCAGGUCGGCGUUUCCGAAGAUAAAGGCAACCGGAGAACCAUGGAAGACUCCCACUCUUUCGUGACCGACUUUGACAGCGUACGCGGUCAGGGAUUCUUCGCCGUAUUCGACGGACAUGCAGGGAAACAUGCCGCCGAGUGGUGCGGGACACAUUUCCAUGAGUCGUUGCUCCGAUGCUUAAGAGCAUGUCCAGAUCUUGCAAUCCCCGAUAUUCUCAAUGAAACCUUCCAUGACGUUGACCGGAGUCUUUCCCGCAUGUGUGAAGAAUCCGACGGCAAGAUCCAUUCUGGUUGCACUGCUGUAACGGCUUUCCUACGCCUUGAGGAUGCUGAUAGCAAACAGUCCUUCCUGGAUCAAGCAACACCGCCGUCGAAGCCUAUAACACCUCUUGCCGAGGCCCCUUCACUUGUUGACGGGGAUGAGAGCAGUAGCGGGGAGAGCGGCGGUGAUGCCACUGCGGAUGACAAUAAAGAUCCCAAACGGCGCAAAAAAGCGAAAAAACUGGGUGCUAAGCGACUCAAAAACGCCAUCAGAAGUCUCGGUAGCGGGCCGUCUCUCUCCCCCAAAGCAUCUCCCUCGGUGUCCCGGAAACAGUCUGUUGAAGUUGUACAAAUUCAAGUUGCGGCGCAAAUGCCUCCCCCAGAGGCGAGACGCGUUUUCUAUACAGCUAAUGCUGGUGAUGCGCGCGGGGUUCUAUGUCGUAACGGCAAUGCUAUUCGGCUCACCUAUGAUCAUAAAGGAUCAGACAAACAAGAGGCGAAACGGAUUAUGGAUGCUGGUGGCUUUGUCAUGAGCGGAAGAGUGAAUGGCGUCUUAGCCGUGACGCGUAGUUUGGGUGAUUCUUCGAUGAAGGAAUUUGUCGUUGGUGCUCCUUACACGACUGAAACGGAGCUUUGUGAUGAUGAUGAGUUCGUAAUUCUGGCCUGCGAUGGACUCUGGGACGUUGCUAGCGACCAAGCAGCCGUUGAUCUCAUCCGAGAGAUUGAUGAUGCUCAGCUUGCAAGCCAGAAGCUCCUGAAAUACGCGCUUUCUCAUCACUCUUCAGACAAUGUCACCGUCCUCGUCAUUCGAUUCAAGAAUGUAUUGCCUAAAACUGCAUGAACACCGAAAAGCUGGUAGAACUUAUUUUUUUCUAUAUUUAUUCUGGGCUCCCGCAAUCACAAUGUUUCAUUA